UUAUGCUUUCCUUUCAAAAAUAACAAUUGAGUUUAUGAUCCCUCGUAACAAAGCAUUUUGUUUUUGCUGAUCCUAGCCAAAAGCAGAAGGAAGGGUGUCAGCAUUCACAUUAUGUGACAGUUGAUUUGACAAAGUUAGUCAGGAACUUGAAUGCUUUUGUGGCAGAAGAUUGGUGCUGUGUUGUGAAAGAUGCUUUGCAACAUUUGUUUGUGCAGGAGCUGGUGAUAAUAGGUUGACAUUAAGCUAUUUUUCUGUCUGAUAAAUGCAAAGAUUCAGGAUGCAGCCAAUUGCCGAAUGAGUUGGAUUUGACGGGGAACCCUUCAGCAAAGUCUGGGUAGGGUUGGGCAAGAACUCAACAACAGGAAAAGCCAUAUCAGGAGGAGCAGCUGCUGUGCCCUGAAGGUUUUUUUUACUCAUGAUCUAAAUCUAUAGUCACGGGUGAGUGUAUUUAUUUCCAACCGACCUGGGAAAAUCAAAAUAUUCCUUUACCUGAGAAAUAGUUUCUAUUGAAAUAAGCAAUAAAGUAAUUACUGCCUUGGGAUCCAAAAUCUUCCUGAUCCAAGUUUCAUUCAAGAGGGAUUCUUCAAACGAGAAGGAAGUUACAUGAAGAUAACCCUUCAGUUGACUUUUAGAGAACAUUGCCAAGUAGGAUACCACAGAGAACAAUAGGACAAGAAGCAAAUUAACUGAAGAUAAAGACGGAAAAGUUGAGGCCAUGUGUUCUAUUAAGAUUGAGUCUGUUGUGAAGGAGAAGAACAGGAUGGGAGAGUGCCCAGUAUGGGAAGAAAGGGAAAAUGCACUUGUAUAUGUGGAUAUUAAUUCACAGAAAGUUUGCCGCUGGAACUCAGUCACCAACGAAGUGCACAGUGUGUCUGUGGAUGCUCGCGUUGGCUCGGUGGCCCUUCGAAAGUGCGGGGGUUAUGUCAUUGCCUUGGGAACCAGAUUUGCCUUUUUAAACUGGGAAAUGGAGUCAGUAACCACUAUUGCAGAACUUGAACAGGAUAAACCAAACAACAGGUUCAAUGAUGGGAAAGUGGAUCCAAAGGGGAGAUUUUUUGCUGGUACCAUGGCUGAGGAGACAGAACCUGGUGUGCGAGCGAGAUGCCAAGGUGCCCUCUACACGCUCUUUCCUGAUUAUUCUGUAGUGAAGCAGUUAGACCAGGUGGACAUCUCUAAUGGAUUGGAUUGGUCACUGGAUCACAGAACCUUCUUUCAUAUUGAUAGUCUGGCGUAUGCUGUCCAUGCUUUUGACUAUGAUGUGCACACGGGAAAAAUCGCCUGCUGUAAAGUUUUGUACCAAUUAGAAAAGGAGGAACAAAUGCCUGAUGGAAUGUGUAUUGACGCAGAAGGGAAACUUUGGGUGGCCUGUAUUGAUGGAGGGAGAGUGAUCCGUAUAGAUCCUGAGACAGGAAAAAGAAUCCAGACUGUGAAGCUGCCUGCUUCAAGGAUCACCUCCUGCUGCUUUGGUGGAAAAGAUUAUUCAGAAAUGUAUGUGACUUCUGCCUAUGAUGGGCUAGACAAGGCAGCUUUGGCAAAGGAACCUCGGGCAGGGGAGAUUUUCAAGAUAACGGGCCUGGGUGUGAAAGGAAUCCCACAAUAUUCAUAUGUUGCUUAAAUAUUAACUGUUUAUAGCAAACAAAAUAAAUGUACGGCCCAUGCAGGAGCAGUUUUGAACAGGAACCGUUCACUGAAUUGCAAAACUAUCUAUCUGAAUAUUUUUCUAUACACCUUUUGGAGCUUAGAACUAAUUUUUUCUUCUCCAUGUUUGGUUCUACAGCAUGGUACCAGAGUGGAAUUUUAGCAGAAGCAGAUAAAUAAGGUAACCCUAGAAGUGAAAACAGAUUUUCAGAAUGCGUAGGCUUGUAAAAUUUCUUAUGAUCUUGCAUAAGCCUUCUUUAUUAUUUACUCCAGCAUUCCUAGUUUAAAAAAAAAAAUUCUUAAGGCCAGUUCUGCCAUGGCCUACUUAUGUAGUUCUGAAGGCAGAAUUUGAUUUAUGUUUUCAUGUUACAAAGAUGUAAUUGUAAUGAGAUAUGCUCCGAUUUACAUUACUUUUUCAAGUGUGCUGACUUGAACCUGACGGUUUUUCUGCUUUUGGAUUUCCCAUAAGGGUCUAUUUUUGGCAGUCCUACUUCUCCAUUUUUAGUUAUUUAUUUUGCCCCACUGAACCUUUUGUCCUUUCACUGUCUUUAUUUCUGUCUUGUCUUUUUAGUUGAGGCCAAAUUCUGUGAAGUUGAAAAUAAACUGUGAUCAUGU